UGUGAUUUGGAUUGGUGUGAGUGAGUGAGUGUCAGAGUCAGGGAGGCGGGAGGGGGGCACACAGUGUGUCUCUGCUGUGACUGUGUAUCACUUCAGAUGCUCAGACAGAAUUAAAAAUGCGCUCCUCCGCCUUGUCGCCGGUGUUGUGCGCAUUUUCUUGACAAGCCCGUGUUCCCACAGCAUGGUGCUCGGACUCGGAGGCUCGGCACCCUCUUCGUACAUAACCAUCAAACUCUCGCGGACGCUUAAUUAAGACAGCAGACUGCGCACAGCGCCCCGCAGCACCUGUUCCCACCUUCAGAUAGAAGAUGCAGGAGGUGGGCAGUUCCCAGCGAGGCUCUCAGCGGGCCUUCAGCGUCCUGGAUCGUUUGCUGCUCACACAUCCUGUGUGGCUGCAGCUGUCACUCAACCAAGAAGCUGCCCUCUACAUCCUGCUCAGAGAACCUGUCGGGACAUUUCUAGUGCGCAAAUGCAGCUCUACCCAGAGGAAGGUGCUGUGUUUGAGGGUGACAGCGGACAGAAGUGCCUCCUCUGUUAAGGAGUGCUUCAUCUGUGAGGAGGACUCCACGUUCGCCUUGGAGAGCUCAGCACUCAGCUUCCCUGACUUGUGUCGACUGGUGGCCUUCUACUGUAUCAGCAGGGAUGUGUUGCCUUUGCCUCUGCAGCUACCUGAUGCCAUCGUUAGAGCGUCAACACACAGGCAGCUGGAGGCCAUCUCACACAUGGGACAAGACUUCUGGAGUUCACCGAGUGCUUCAGACAUCCAAAAUGGACCGAUGGAGCCAGUUGCAUCCACCAGUCAGGCCCAGACUGGGGUCCAGGACCGAUGUCCCCUGCUGUCAAGGGGCACACAAGGCAAACUGUGCUUCAUUAACCCGCUCUUUCUGCAGCUGGAGGUUUGCAAGCAGCAACAGCUCACAAACCACAGUGCCUCCAACAAACGGCACCGCUUCAAGCGCAGCAUGCGGCUCCGGCUCUCUGAGUCCUCCAUGAAUCUGUCCCUCGAGGGGGUUGGUUCCUACUCACCUCCCCUUUCGGUUGAGCAACCUGGUGGGUCAGAAAGGCUGAACAAGACCAACGACAACCCACAGAGGAGAGUUCACGCCGGUGCAGGCGUCCUGAGGAGAACUCCUGCUGUUUCACCUGGAUCUGCUGAGGAGGAUGACCUGAUGUCUGUCUAUGUGCCACAAACAUCUCCCAAGGUGGAGGAGCCUCCGAAGCCCCAGCCGUCUGGCCCAGCUGAGGAGCCAGGCAUCGAGGUGGCACUUCUGGCCAUGGAGCGCCGCCCGGCUCCAUCUUUGGCUGAGCUCGACAGCAGCAGUUCCUUCAGCAGUAUGGAUGAGGACCAUGACUCAGACACGGAACCUGAAAGCAUGUCCCAAACCCAAAUGCACGCCUACCAUCGCCCGCCACUCUUGCGCUCUCGAGGUCGCGGCGGGCUGCACCGCAUGAGCGAGGCAUUUGUGUGCUUCUUUGCACCAGACAAGCGGCUCACCCGGCUGGUGGAAGAGCUGUCCAGAGACAGGCGUUCAAUCUUCGGGGGUAUCAUUCAGGACUUCCUCCUAGAGCAGAGAGAGGUGCUCAAAUCCCUGACGUCUUCGCCUUCGGCAUCGUCCUCAUCACGCGUGACCUCCGUGCAGAUUCUGCAGGGUCUGCGCCUCUUUCUGUCCCAGGCAAAGUGUUGCCUGCUGGACAGCGGAGAGCUGGAGCCUCCCAUUGAAACCCUGGUGCCAGAGAACGAGAAGGACCUGGCGUUGGAGCGCUCCAUGUUCUCCUGUGUGCUCAGGCCUCUGAGGUCCCACCUCGAGAAAGCCCUGGUCGCUUUGCACAAUCAGGACGGCUCCACCCAGCGUCUCACCCAGAACCUGCUCCGGCUGAAAGGGGACGCCACCAUGGAAAGGCUCGGUGUUCGGACGGGCGUUCCAGACAGCCGAGAGGUGGAGAGGGUGAAGCAGAAACUGGUCCUGAUGCAGCGGACCCACUCGCCCAUCGACAAGGUGCUGCUGCUGCUCCAAGUGUGCAAGUGUGUGCACAAGGCCAUGGGGUCCUUACACGGACAGGAAGUUAGCUGGGACGACUUCCUGCCGUCGUUGUCUUAUGUGAUCGUGGAGUGUAACAAGCCUCACAUCCUCAUAGAGGUGGAGUACAUGAUGGAGCUGCUGGAGCCCUCGUGGCUCGGAGGAGAGGGUGGCUACUACCUGACCAGCGUGUACGCCAGCCUGCGUCUGAUCCAGAGCCUGGACAAGGAGCAGCCGUUCUCGGGCUGCCUGACGCCAGAGGUCCAAGAAGCGCUGAAAGAGUGGAGCUGCAGACGGAGCCGAGAGGCCCAGAGACAGAAAGAGAAUCAGCAGAGCCAAAGGUGCGUUCGGAUACUGUUCCAGGACGGGGAGCGGAGCGCCGUGCGGACGUUGCAGUGGAGAGCCGGGGAGACGAGCCAGGCCCUGGCGCAGCUGUGUGCCGCCACCUUCGGAGUGUCCGACCCGCAGCAAUACACCCUGUACUGGCGCAGCGGCGGUGAGAUGAGGGCCCUGCCGCCCCAGGCCCAGCCCCAGGACCUGGCCAGCCACAGCGAGGGAGGCCCCUCGCUCUCCUACCUGAGGACCGACCACGACUUCAGCAAGAUGCGGCGGCUCACCAGGGGUGGCGCCGUGGACCUGAGCGAGUCGGUGUGUGAGGAGUGAGUGGGAGGCAUAGAGGAGGAAGGAGGAGGAAGGAAGGAAGGAAGGAAAGGAAGGAGGAGGAGGAGAUGGAUGGUGGCUCUUGCUUUCUCUCUCUCUUUCUCUCUCUUGUUCUGUCUCUUUUCUCUCUCCGACGGUGUGUUGUGUCUCGUCGUGGGUCGGGACUUUUUCGUGACAAACUGCAGCCCUUCUCCAGACCAGGAGCAGAGCUUUAAAACAAACAAACAAACAAACAAACAAAUGGUAAACUCUUCCCUGAAUGGACCGACGUGCAGAACAGAGCAGGACCAACGUAGGGGAGUGUUGCCAAAAAGUUGUACCAUGUACCACUCAGUGUGGCUGCUAGUGUAAAGGAGUGUGCUGCUUGUGACAAUGGAAAAUGUGUAAUAAAUGGAUUUUGGUUGUUAUUUGAAACAUGAACCCAGAGUUAUACCACGAAGCGAUUACAUCAUUAAAAACAAAACAAAAAAAACAUGUGAAGAGGCUCGAAUCCAAAGACGAAUUCUGUGAGACUACUGUUGCCUGGAAACUAAUCACUUCCUGCGAGCGCGCGCCGCAAGAAGGCAAAUAGUCCACCGCGGUGAUGUAACCCUUCCACUGUAUAGUUCUGGGUGAAAAUUGGAUAUUUUAUUACUUUUUUUGGGGUUUUUUUUUGCUCCUUUUAUGUGUAAAUGUCUGCAGAUUGAUUGCUGGAUGGAACUAUGCUGUUAAAAGGUGGGGGUACGAGGCUUUCUGUGCCCUCCUCCCUCCCUUCCCCCCACCCCAGUGACAAAAAAGGGGAGAUGUGUGAUAGCCACGACCAAACCUCAAUACCAAAGGGACGAAAAAAGAAGAUAAAAGAAAGGCCAUCUUGUGACACAACAGCUGUUUGCUUUGAAAGAAAUCAUGAGGGAAGCUUUAAAUCAGCUGUUUAUUUUUAGGCUCCCCCACAAAGACUAUUUUAUUUUUACUUCCUGAAGAGAAAAAAAAGGAAAGCAAAGAAGAAGAAGAAGCUCUUCUCCCAGCUUGCGUAUUCUAUUUAAUGGUUUUGGCAGGUGGAGUAAUGGGCGAGUAGGAGGGAAGUGAUAGAAAGGCAUCAUCUCUCUCUGUUUUUAAACCAAGUGAGGGAAGAAAAAAGACGGAAGCGCAUCACAUCCACACACCAGGACAACAGAUUUUACUGAAUGACUCGCGAAUGUAUUUAAAAUCUCUCUCAGUGUUUAUUCCUUUUCAGAACUGCAUCCGUUUCAUGUUUCGAUUCACCGCUUUUGAGUUCUACUGUUGGCCGAGCCUGUUUUUCUUUCUUUCUUUUUGUUAUAAGCGGACUGAGAGGACAGUCUGACCAAUAAAACCGGGAGCCUCGCGGCGACUGGUAGAAUGUAAAUGUGCACGUCGCCAGCCUCUUGGUGACUUCCUGCUGCAAGUCAUCACUAUCGACUGACUGUUCGACUCAGUGUCGUUAUCGAUGAUCAUUAUUGUGUGUAUUUAAAACUAACUUUGAAUAGUUGAAUUUGUUGGGUAGAUAUCGAACCUAAACAUGUGGACAUUCCAACAUUUCUGGAGUUUUUGGAUCAGCCGAGUCGGGGGAGGGGAGGAGGUUCAGUUUUGAGAUGUGUUUUGAACAUUAUUGCAUGCUUUUUUCAUUUUAACGCGAAGGUUCUGCGAAUGUGGCGUGCGCGUAUGUGUGCGUGUGCGUGUAUGUGUGCGUGAAGCAUGUGUUCAUUGUGAGAGCUCACUAUUUCUUUUCAGUGUAAAAACACAUGACUGUAUUUUGUCAGGUAACUCAGUAUCGCAAUAAAAAAAAAUUGCAAUA